CCGAGGUGGGGCAAACAUGGGUCUUUUUGGGCCAAUGACGGGAGGCAAAGUGGGGCUUGCAUUGGUGGCAAAUUAUGUGAGCACCUCUUGGGCGAUCUCGCGAAGCGUGUGCACAGCUCCGACCGCCAUGGCCACGACCGAUCGCUUGUUUCGGUCCAUUGAGCUCAAGGAGCAAGAGCGCCACGCCCCCAAUUGUGCUACAUCAUGGGGACGAGUGCUGGAUGCAGGCACAGGCGACCAUUCGUUGAACUGGCUCAAGUCGCUCCCCAUUGAUUCGAUCGUGGCGGUCACGGGCGACAUAGCGCGCUCGGUAUCACUGCGCAAGACGUUCCCCGAAAAGCACAUCGAAAUCCUCGCAGGGAAUUGGAACAAUCCCUCCUUCUUGGAAGGCCAAGUGUUUGACGUGGUCAUUGCGGACUACCUCGUGGGAGCCAUCGAAGGCCACGCACCGUACUACCAAGACCAGAUCUUUCACCGCCUCUUUCCCCAUGUAGCUGACGGCGGCCGACUAUACAUUGUCGGUUUGCAACCCAUCAUGAUGAGCUUGGACCCGUCCAAGACGAAAAGUAACCAGGAGAAGCUCGUGCUCGAGAUGCAACGCGUGCGCGAUGCAUGCAUUCUUCUAGCCGGCCACCGCCCGUACCGCGAAUUUCCUUUGGAUUGGAUCUUGCGUCAAGCUGUGCAAGCAGGUUUUUACGUGGAGUCCCACACGACGUUCGCGAACAAGUACUCGGCGUCGAUGAUCAUGCGGCAAAUUGCCGUCGGUCGCAACAAGCUGUCGCUCUUCUUGGACCAGAGCGUGGCCAAGAGCAUGGAGAGUUACUUGGCGAACUUGGACAAGCAAGCUGUGGACGCAACGAAGGACGGGUCGUUUGAGUUCGGUUACGAUUACGUAGUGACGGCGUUGAAGCCGUAGUGAAUUGAGUUUUUUCACCAGGAAGGAGACCAUGCUAUCUCAACACGAGUGGAGCACUGCCCGUGGUGGUCAAGAGCAUGUCGAG